UCCAUGGGUAAUUUUAAACGAUACAGGAGGCGCGUUUGCUAUGGGCGCUAUAGGUAGUGGUAUAUGGCAUUUUGUAAAAGGUGCAAAAAAUUCACCAAAGCGUAUAAUUGGCGCAAUCACGGCAGUGAAGGCUCGUGCACCAGUAUUAGGUGGAAAUUUUGCUGUAUGGGGUGGUUUAUUUUCAACUUUUGACUGUGCGCUGAAAGGUAUAAGGCAAAAGGAAGAUCCAUGGAACUUAAUCGCGAGUGGUUUCUUAACUGGAGGUGUCUUGGCGGCGAGAGGGGGUGUCGGUGCGUCAGCAAGGUCUGCAGCUUUUGGAGCUUUUGCAUUAGCAUUGAUUGAGGGCAUUUCAAUUGCUGCAUCUAAAUUUUUCGCGCCAUCGCCAAUGAUUCAG